AUUCUUAACGCGCCGAAGCAAACUGUGGUUUGGACUGACAGAGGAAGUGAAACAUUCAUCCCUGGGAAUGACCACAAGCUGUGGGCUAAACGAGUCGGGUUUGUAGCCGUUUCACCGCUUUUCAUUAACAGCUUUCAUUGAGCUGAAGAUGGACAUAUUUUAGCGUGUCUGAUGUGGAGGACAAGAGGGCAGCAGCUGUCCGGCUAACGUUAACCCCGCUAGCAGACAGUCUUCAUGAAUCAAUCCCUGCUAUUAAACAUCACUGAAACACAACAACAGAGAGAGACACACACCGACUGCAUCAUGAACGAUGAUGUGAUGUUAAACGUACCGGUCAUCCGGCAGCUGUACCACUGGGAUUGUGGCUUGGCCUGUUCGAGAAUGGUACUAGAGUAUUUACAUCCAGUUAGUGAGGAGGAAUUUCAGAGAGCGUGUUUGGACUUGGAGUUUACGGAGAGCGUGUGGACUAUUGACCUGGCUUAUCUCAUGUAUAAGCUGGGGGUCAGACAUUGCUUCUGCACACAGACACUAGGUGUUGACAAGGGCUUCAGGAACCAGUCUUUCUACAAAAAGCAUUUUGACACGGAGGAGGACAGGGUGAAUGAACUAUUUCUGAAGGCUGAAAGCAAAGGAGUCCUGGUGAAAAAAAGCUCUGUUACUAUUCAGGAGAUCCAGAGCCACCUGGAGCAGGGUCAUGUGGCCAUAGUGCUGGUCAACGCAGUCGUGUUGGUGUGUGAGCUGUGCUCCACGCCUGUCAAAUACUGCUGUUUCCUCCCUGUGGGUCAGAAGUGCUUUUGCAGGAAGCCAGAUUACCAGGGCCACUUUGUAGUGGUGUGUGGAUUUAACCGUAGAACCGGCAGCAUCUUCUACAACAAUCCGGCCUACUCGGACCGUGUGUGCUGCACAAGCUUUAGUAAUUUUGAGGAGGCCAGAAGAAGCUACGGAACUGACGAGGACAUUCUGUUCAUCUACAAAGACGGUUGAGUCUUGACCACUUCUGAAUGAACGCACGUUCAAAACCCCUUUUGCAACCACUGUGGUUGGCUGGGUAGCAUUUUUGCCAACAGGGACCAGCGCUGCUGGCCAAUAGCAGGUAGUAUGUUUCACCUCUGGCUAUGGUCUUCAAUGGAGCUAUAGCAUCGCACAAAACAUUACUAUGGUGCUACAUUGGCCACAGAAUGAAUUAUUCAUGCAGAAAGGAAAGGGAGAUGGUAUGUAUAUGUAACUCAUCAUUAUUGUGAUGUGGACUUAUAUUUUUAUCUAUAGCUCAUAUGAUUUAUAUAGUCUAUGCCACUGUAAGAGGUGGAGGAGGAGUGUACAAUGUUUGUCAUUCAUGUAAAGAUAAAGAUUUUGUGUUUGUUCAGGGUAACCUUGCAAAAUCA